UAAGCUAUUGAGAUUAGAAUGAACCCAUUAAUGGAAGCUAGUCGUGCAGGAAAUAUUGAUCUUUUGUAUGCUGUUAUUCGAGGAAAUCCAAAUGUUUUGGUGCAAUUUGAUGGCAUUCCAUUUGCAGAUACUCCACUCCAUGUAUCUGCAUCUAAAGGGCAUAUUCCAUAUUCCAUGGAGAUUAUGGAACUAAUGCCAUCACUUGCUACCAAGUUAAAUCCUGAUGGGUUUAGCCCCAUCCAUCUAGCUUUGCAGAAUGGGCAUGAUCAGCUGGUGAUUCGGCUAGUAGAUAAGAACAGUAAUCUUGUCCGAGUCAAAGGGAGGGGAGGCAUAACUCCCUUGCAUUAUGCAGCUGAGAAAGGAAAUCUGCAACUCUUGACUAAGUUUUUGUCUGUUUCUCCAAAAUCAGUUGAAGAUGUUAAUGUUCGUAAUGAGACUGCUCUGCAUAUUGCAUUGCGAUAUGAAAUGUUCGAACCUUUUGAUUUUAUUGUUGCUUGGCUUUGUUUAAACUACCAUGAAGAGGCUUGUUACUUGGAGAAGAAGAUUCUCAACUGGAUCGAUGCAGAAGGAAACACUAUUCUGCAUAUUGCAACUAUCAAAAAACAACUCCGGUUUGUCACCUUGCUACUUAGGUGCAAAGUUGAUGUAAAUGCAAAGAAUGUUGAAGGAUGGACUGCUUUGGACUAUGUUCAGGAUGAAAAUACGAAUGAGAUAAAGGAUUUGCUAUGCAGUGCUGGAGCAUUAGGCGCUUCUUCAAUCACUAUCAUUGAUAAAUAUGCACCUUUGCUUAGAAAAGACCAAAGGUUGAAGAUGGCAGCCCAACUGGGAGACAUCGAUGCGCUGUAUUCAACCAUAGAAGAUGAUCCACGCAUUUUGGAUCGCAUCGAUAAAAUAUCAUUUCUCAACACUCCAUUACACAUAGCUGCAUCCAAAGGGCAUACUGAGUUUGCAUUGGAGAUCAGAAGGCUAAAGCCAUCAUUUGGCAGGAAGCUGAACCAAGAUGGACUUAGUCCUUUACACUUGGCCUUUUGCAAAGAACAUUAUGAAACAGCCAAUCGGCUGAUUGCUGAAGAUGAACAGCUUGUGCGUGUCAAAGGAAAAAUGGGUAAAACUCCGCUGCACAUUGCAGCUGAACAAGGGAACAUGGCUUUUCUUAUAAUAUCUUUGGCUGCUUGUCCUUCUUCCAUUGAAGAUGUGACUGACCAUCAAGAAACUGCUCUACAUAUUGCAUGCAAAAAUAAUAGGAUGGAAGCUUUGCGUGCCAUUUUUCGCUGUCUUCAGUAUGCUGGGUUUCGUAUGGUGAUAAAUUGGCCUGACUCUGAAGGCAACACCGUACUUCAUAUUGCCAGUCUUAAGAAUCAAAUUUGGGUGGUCAGGUUUUUAACCCGCGGUUUACCCUCAGCUUUGCGCUCCGUUUGUGGUUCUCUUAUUCGUACUUUGUUCAAUUGUUCAAACCCUUUUAGUAACAUUGGCUAUGAAGUCACCUUGAAAUUGUUUUUGAGUCUAAAGAACUUCCAGGGUUUAACAGCUAUGGAUAUUCUACAGCAACAGGGUCGCAUGCCCAUAACGGAAAUCAACGCUAUGCGAUCAUUUGCUGCGAAAGAUGAUAAAUUUAUUGACCUCUGCAUUGCAGAGUAUUUGAAGAGAAGGAAUAUGCCAACUACUGAUGAAAGGGCAAUCGAUUCGGGCCGUACAAAUUCGCAAAUCUCGGAUGAAAAUCGCUCUGGAGCUAUCACAGUUGCUGUAUUGAUUGCAGCAGCUACAUUCCAAGCUGUUCUCAGCCCACCUCGCGGCCUUUGGCAGGGUGAGCCUACUUCAUUUUUCUCCAACGGAACCAGCAUUUCAAAUGCUUCUGCUAUAGUUCAAAACAACACUCCGAAUAAAAUGGUGGGCACUUCUGUGAUGUCUUGCAUGGAAUGGUUUUCCUUUUCUAUAUUAAACACCGCAGCGUUUUGGGCAUCAAUAGUGAAAAUUAAUCAUCUUCUUUGCGGUGGAAAAAGUAACAUUGCUAUGCUCCUAUUUCCACUUGGUUUUUGCUACACCGCUGCCAUCGUUUCUAUUGCACCACGUGAUCAAGACGACAUUGUUGCACCUAUAAGUUCUUUUAUCAUCAUGUUCGCAAGUGCCUUGCUCUUUUUGAAUGAGUUUGUGAAGGAAAGUCGCAUCCGUAGAUGCAAAAUGAUAUUCAAGAUUUUCAUAUCAAAUUUUACGAAGCCGGCACGAUUGAUGUAAGCUCUGAUUUUGAAUGUGCAAUUGUAAUGGAGAAGUACUGGUUUUGUUGUUAGUCCAUCUUCGAAGGACCUAUUUGCUACAA